UGUUCAGAGGCGUUAUGGCCGUUUCCGGUCUUUUUCACAAAGUUGCUUGAGCAAGUAUGCAGCAAAAACGCAGAGAACCCGUGCACGCCGUGCAAGUUUUCGGACGCAAGAAAACCGCCACUGCUGUUGCUUACUGCAAGCGUGGACGUGGUCUCUUGAGGGUGAAUGGCCGUCCUUUGGAACAAAUUGAACCUAAAGUGCUGCAAUACAAAUUGCAGGAACCACUUUUGCUGUUGGGCAAGGAAAAAUUCGCUGGCGUAGACAUUCGUGUGCGUGUUAGCGGUGGUGGUCAUGUUGCACAAAUCUAUGCUAUCCGUCAGGCCAUUUCCAAGGCGCUGAUUGCUUUCUACCAAAAAUGUGAGUUCAUAAUAUGCAAUAUUUAUUAAGUAUGUAGUCGUAUGGCUCGAAAGCUUGGAACCCGGUUAAUACCAGAUUUUCGGUGGA